AACAGUAACAAUUAGUUUGCCUACAACCGUGAUAAUCUGCAUGCGACAUGUGUAAAGUGGUCAUAUCCUAUGGUAGAUUGUGUGUUAAAAUUUUUCCAUUUUUUUCGCGUAAGUACUUUGAUAUAGACCUAAGUCAUUUUUUUCGACGUUUGUUCUUCGGAAAUCCUACAUCAAUUCAUUGGGACGAGGAAUGGAUCACUUCGAUGCAUUGUAAUGCUCACCUGAAGAAGGAUUUUGAUUCGAAUUGGAGUCCUCGUGGUAUUCUAAACUUUAUCAGUUCAUAUUUGAUGUGGAUUCUACCUUAGCUAACCAGGUACUCCAUUGAAAUGAUGUGGUAUUUUUAAUUCAGUGCAAAAUGAAAUGCAUAGAUAAAUAAUUGAAAUGUGAAACUAUUAUUUAUGGUUAGGUACUAUAUACCUAGACAAAGUAAAACCGAGGAUUAAGCCGAAAAUCUCGGUAAGAUGAUAAGUUAACAGUGUGGUAAUUUUUUUAUUAUAACGAGAUGCAUAUUUUAAUUAAUGUAACUAUCUGUUUACUUAAUGAAAUUUAAUAAUUUUGACAUUUGCGCGAUAAGUUCUAACUUUUUUGUGUAAAAUAAAACCUAUAAUCCGGGUUAUCUACGUUAGGUAGGUACUUUUUAUUUCUAACCUAAAUAAUAAUCUAUCUGAAUAGGUAGGUAAGAGUAGAUUAUUUAGAGUUUUUCAUUGUUCUCAUGUAGUACCUUAAACCAUAGCUAAUUAUUAUUACUGUAGUGCAGUUUCAUAUUUCUGUAAAACCACAUCCUAUUUUACUUUAAUUCUGACUCGGUCACGUUUCUCGUUUUUCGCACUCGAGCGUACGUUAAUUAAUUUCCAAAAUGUUACUAAACUUGACUCGUUUGCUGAAAAAUGUCACCGUCGAACCGACAUUAUUCUUUUACCUAAUCAGCUACAUUAUGGUCGAGGUAGUAAAUAUGAAUUUACUGCUGCAAAAAUCAUGCCGAUUCAACGCCACUUCCGAACCCGAUUUGACCACUGCGUGCGACGAUGAAAAAAAAGGAAUAAUUUACGCAUCCGAAACAAACGCUGUAUUUCGAUUCGUCGUCAUAUUCGUCUCCAUCAUUUACGCAAUUUGGGCAACUUGCUGGAGCGAUGAAGCUGGACUACGAAGAAGACCCCUGAUCCUAUUUCCAGCUAUUGCGAUGAUUUUCCAAGGUUUAUCAGGUUGCCUACAUUCGUAUUUCUGGCACUGGGCUCCCAUUUCAGCCGUUUUGUGCGAUAUGGUUUUCGAAAUAAUGAGCGGAGGUGUUGUAAUGGUGAUAACUAUUUCUCAUAUGUAUAUUUGCGACGUAUUUAGCACAGAAAGCAGGACGAUGAGGAUGGGGAUUCUGUUAGCUGUGAAAAUGGCCAGUCAUCUAAUCGCCGAUGGAGGAACUGGGUUUAUUCUCAGACGUUUGGGAUUUUUCUACACGUAUUUGAUUUGCGCUGUGUUGGCUACUCUUUCGUUUGUAUUUGGACUGAUCUUCAUUAAGGAUAUUUCGGUACCGGUUCAGAAUAAGAAGCCAUGUUUGAAGUACUUCAAUUUGACUCAAGUUACGGAUAGUUUUCGAGUCGUGUUUAAGAAAAGUCUCGGUAGAAAGAGGGUGAUAGUUUUGCUUUUGCUCAUCAUCUACAUCGCUAUGUGUUUCUUGACUUAUGGUGAGAAAACGGUGUUUUAUUUGUUCCUGAGGUAUAAAUUUCACUGGAAUGAAGAAGAUUUCAGCGUUUAUGUGCUUUACAGGGGUGUCAUAAUUAUUUUUGGUACAAUAUUUUGUUCAGUUGUGCUGAGCAAAUAUUUCAAAGUGCACGAUGGAUUAAUCGGAGCCUUUGCUUCAUUUUGGGACACCAUUGCUGCAUUGGGAUACUUAUUUGCGAGUGAAAAUUGGCAUAUCUAUGCCGUUCCUAUAUUUGAUAUGUUCCAUGGAUCAGCCUCAUUUGUGUGUAUGUCGUAUUACAGUAAAUUCUACGAAAGUCAUGAAAUUGGUAGAUUGAACGCUGUCAUGCAUGUAUUCGCUUUACCAGCUCCAGCGUGUCAUCCUAUUUACAAUACAGUUUUUCAAAAAACUAUUGACUUCUUUCCAUCGGCAUUUUUUCUUGUCAGCAUAGCAUUGAAUGUGGUGGUUGUAUUUUUGUAUGGAGCAACAUACGUGAUGAGUAAAAAAACUGAUAAACCCACGAGUGAAGUUCCUGCUUUAAAAUGAAUUUAGAAAUGUGGAUUGAUUUCGUACUUGGAUAGCUAAAAAAAAUCUAAAACUUCACAAGCAAGUGAAAUUGCGUUCUUCAUACUUUGAAGGCAAAGUUUGAAGAUUUGUUUCAAACAUUAUAGAAGUUGGUCAUGUGUACGAAUAAUGUACUUACUCGUAUUUUGUAUCAGUAAAUAGAAUUCAUUUCAAUAACUGAGAAACUUUUAUAAUUUAUAAUUUAUAAAUUUUCAAGUAAGAAGAUAGAAAAUAAAUAACCAUCGAGAACGUUGAAUGUAAUACUUAGGCAUAUAAUUCAUUAGAAAGUAACAAAAAAUAUUCAUUUUAGGAACCAUAUACUUAGGUAACCUUAGCAUGUAGAUACAAUUAUAAUAGGUAAAUUAACGAUUCGUUUUGAAAUACAAUCUGAUUUUCAGCGCUGAAAAACUAAGCGCUUGUAAAAUGACAAAAAUACAAAAUAUCAUAAUUACAUCCCCAUGCAAAUUGUUACUAUUGAACCCUAACGACUGUAAUACUUCUUCACCGUUUCUCAAACAUGGCACAUCUGUAGCUUUAGAGCAUUGAAUCUGAUCUACACCGUCGAGCUGUAAUAUGAGCAAAGAUUCUACCGCGUACGUCAUCCACGAAACGUACCUUAUCCAAGAUAAUAUCCAAGCAAUUGAUCUUACGUUCAUGAAUAUGCCAGAAAAUGACAUAUAAACGAUUCCAACAGAUAGUGUGAUUGAUUGAGAAGUAAAUACACUAUCCGUUAGUAAUGAUACGAGGGUUCCUGAAUAAAAAAAAAAAAAAAAAAAAAAUGAGGAUUAGAAUAACUACUUACAUGUUAAUGCUCACUAUACUUAAUGUAUCUUAAAUCAUAGUGCUUAUGCUUACCGAACGAAGCUGCUGUAUUAAUUACUAAAAUAUUGACAACAAUGGUUCCUAGAAAAGCAUACCAGCUUCUCUUUAGUCCCAAAAAUAUGUACAUCAAUGUUGUGUAUAACAUCGAAUCGAACAAAAAUCCAGGCAUCUGUAAAACAUUUUUUUUUUUCUAAUUAGAUUUGACUUUUUCACACAAGUUCCUAUUCGUGCUAAAUGACAUUAAAUAAAAAUUCAUUAAAAAAGUUA